UUCGCAGUUCCAAGAUGUCAUACCGAUUGAAGCUUAUCCACAAGACAAAAACACAAAGGCAGGCUCUUAAAAGUUUUCAUUGUUCUUACCUUAAUACUACCUCUCGUGGUGAUAGGUAGAAGUAGAAGGAUCGAAUGAUCAAGGGCCCUUGUCAUUGGUGCCGUUGGAGAAAUACGCGGGGCAUUCCUCGUAUUACAGCACUGUUACAAGCACUACUACCUCCUAAUGUACCUACAGCACCUACUCAAUUAGGUACCUAGGUUAGGUACCUUAGUAUUUCGCUGGUAUGCGCGCGUUAUUAGGAAUGCGAUUUCCUCAACAGGGAAUAGAAUUAGUAGUACCUUCGGAUGAGACCGUUGUCUCUCCCCCAUCUCUCUCUCUCUAUCGACAUCAUUCUUUGUCAUCAUCAUUCCUCAUUUGCAUACUGCUGAUGUUGGAUUUUUCGACACCCCGUAGUUCACAGAACACCACACCACACCUACACGAACACAUCACACCCGGUGUUGCCGUACUACAUCGAUCCUGUCUGUUGGGAGCUGCACUUGCAAUGCCAUAACUCCAGUAGAACCUGUCCGUUUUCUUUAAUUCCAUGUUCAUAUUCGUGUUCAACUAGGUUUCCCCUAUUCGCUCCGUUUUAGUUGGACUUCAACUCGUCGUUAUGUGGUUGUGGCACUCGCGGCGGAAUGCCGUAUUAUCGGUAGCCUCGGUCUUAAUGGUUACCAACCUCGUCGCUACGUAUGAGCUAGACGUCGAAUCAACAGAUUCUAUCAAGGACACAGCCAAAAAGAUGGCAGAGGACUUGGUAUCUUUCUAUCACGGUAAUGAACCCGGACAAACCCCCGGUCUUUUACCACAGCCGUAUUACUGGUGGGAAGGAGGCGCGUUCAUGGGCGCGUUAAUUGAUUAUUGGUACUACACUGGGGAUACUACUUACAACGACAUCGCUCAGCAAGGUCUACUUCAUCAGGUCGGCCCGUAUAAUGACUAUAUGCCUCCUAACCAGACACUUACCGAGGGUAACGAUGACCAAGGAUUUUGGGGCAUGGCUGUCAUGACCGCGGCUGAGUACAAAUUCCAGGACCCACCGUCAGAUCAGCCGGGGUGGUUAGCACUGGCUCAAGCCGUCUUCAACACUCAAGCUGCUCGGUGGGAUCAGGCGGACUGUAAUGGCGGUUUGCGAUGGCAGAUCUUCACGUGGAAUAACGGCUUUGACUACAAGAAUUCUAUCUCGCAGGCAUGUUUCUUCAACAUCGCAGCACGUUUGGCGCUUUACACUGGCAACGCUACCUAUGCCGACUGGGCCGUCAGAACGUGGGACUGGAUGGUCAACGUCAAAUUCAUCGACGAUAGUUAUAGAGUCUACGAUGGAGCGCAUAUCGGUGACAACUGUACUACUAUCACGCCGUAUGAAUUUUCGUACAAUGUUGGCGCAUUCCUUCUGGGAUCAGCCGCCAUGGUCGCAUAUACAAACAAUUCAAAACAGCAGAGCGAUGUCGAGAUGUGGCGCGAACGGGUCGAUGGUCUGUUAAACAGCACAGAGCAGAUAUUCUUUUUCGGGAACGAUACUUCGAAUCGAAUUAUGAUUGAGAUUGCUUGUGAGCCAGUUAGUUUAUGUGAUACGGAUCAGCAAUCAUUUAAGGCGUAUUUGAGCAGAUGGAUGGCCGCCACUACAAAAUGGGCACCGUGGACUUUCGAUCGAAUCAAAACUUUGCUGCAGAAUUCUGCCGUAGCUGCCGCGAAGCAGUGUACCGGUGGUGAUAACCACCGAAUGUGCGGGUUGAAGUGGGCGAAUAAUAGUGGUGUAUGGGAUGGUACGACUGGUGUUGGACAACAAAUGGCGGCUAUGGAAGUGGUACUGGCUAACAUGAUACAUGAAGCUGAGCUACCAGUUACCAAUAGCACUGGUGGAACCAGUGUUGGUAACCCUUCGGCGGGUGGCUCCGAUAGUGGACGAGUGGAUCCCAACGGCCGGUUUUUCUCUGGCCCGGUAUCUGGAGGCGAUCGAGCUGGUGCGGCCAUCUGUACUCUUGUCAUCCUCUUGACUCUCUUAGCUGGAGCCAUCUUUAUGGUGGCAGACGAAACAAAAUCAACAGCUGAUAACUGGACCAACCUUCGCUCGGGUAUCUCUGCCGCUUCCAGGCCAGGCGCAUUAGCAGCUCUGACACCAGGAGGCAGAAAGAAGGCUAUGCUAGACGAAAAAGGAAAGGGACUUGGGAUGGAGAGAAGUUCGAGUACCGAGACAGGCGAGAAAAUCCCGUCAGCCUACCCAAAUGGCAGACUACAGAAGCGCCCGGAGAGUUUGCAGCAAGCACGGCCUAUAAGGCCGAUGUCAACCUCAGGCGUACUAUCUUCAGCAGCAGGCACCAUACCAGCGGCAACUACGACUAACGAGAACCGUAAGUCGACCGGCGGCAUUGGCCAGAGAGGAUCGGUACUUAGGAAGCAGAGACAGUAAAGCCGGAUAAUUAAUUGCACAUAGGAAUACACAAGGGACUUGCAUUAGGACUGGCGUUGGAGGAUUUAGCAUCUACUACGAGGCUUUAUGGACAUUUUCACGGGGUUUACAGGGAACCGUUCGGUCUAUGGAUAGGCAGGCAUUGGAAUGGAUUUACAGGUAGAGCUAUAAGAUACCACGAACGUCUACACGCUGUGCUCUUAGCUAGGUACCUUUCUAUAUUGACUAUCACUCUAUAUGGUAGAAAGGCCUUAUGAAUGUUUAAAUCCGAUUUUUUGACAUAUGAAUGGUGCAGAUUUAAAUUCUUCCUUUUGGUGGGACUGAUAUCAUGCUAGCAGGUACUU